UGAAACGGCUGUAUGUGUUGUGAGUGUGUAAGUGUGAUGGAGAGAGAGUGUGUGUGUCUGUCCCAGCUUUCAGUCCUCAGGGAGAAGGGUGUCUAACAGGCUGUUUGAGAUCAAAGAAGAGACAUUUAAUUUGGAUCAAGGACGGAGCAUGAACAGUGCAUUAGGAAUUCUGAACGGAAGCAAGACAUCCAGCAUACAGUAAGGAAAUACUGUGUCAGCGUACGGCCACAAGAACGUGUGGCAUUUAGGAAACUAUUGUCAUAGAAAGCGAACGAUUGCUGGAGAGACGGUGUCCUGUGAAAGAGUGGCCCAUACGUUGACUCAACAUUGCCCAGUCAAUUUUUGUGGGUGUAGCAGAGCGGGACGGUUGUCUUAAGGGUUUCAGUGCGAUACUUGAACAUUACUUCAACGUUUGUUUGUAGUAAAGACAUCAUGGCAGUGCAACUAAUGCCCGAAUCUGCCGUCUGCCUUCUUAUGAUGACGGAAGGGCGGAGAUGUCAGGUCCAUCUCCUGGAUGACAGGAAAUUAGAGCUCCUGGUUCAGCCCAAGCUAAUGGCGAAGGACCUUCUUGACCUGGUGGCGUCCCAUUUCAACCUGAAGGAGAAGGAAUAUUUUGGAAUCUCUUACGUAGAUGAGACGAGUCAUUUCAGCUGGUUGCAGCUGGAUCGACGUGUUCUGGAACAUGAAUUUCCCAAGAAAUCUGGACCCAUUGUGCUGUACUUCUGCGUUAGGUUCUACAUCGAAAGUAUCUCUUAUCUGAAGGACAAUGCCACAAUAGAGCUGUUCUUCCUCAAUGCAAAGUCAUGCAUCUAUAAGGAGCUCAUAGAGGUGGACAGCGAGGUGGUGUUUGAACUGGCCUCCUACAUCCUACAGGAAGCUAAAGGAGACUUCACAAGUAAUGACACUACUAGGGCUGACCUGAAGAAACUACCAGCAUUGCCUACACAAGCACUGAAGGAGCACCCUUCACUCGCAUACUGUGAGGAUCGGGUCAUUGAGCACUAUAAGAAGCUAAGCGGACAGUCCAGAGGCCAGGCCAUCGUCAAUUAUAUGAGUGUAGUGGAGUCAUUGCCCACAUAUGGAGUGCAUUAUUACGCUGUUAAGGAUAAGCAGGGGAUCCCGUGGUGGCUAGGUUUGAGUUAUAAAGGCAUUUUUCAAUAUGACUACCAGGACAAAGUCAAACCAAGGAAGGUGUUCCAAUGGAGACAGUUGGAGAAUCUGUACUUCAGGGAGAAGAAGUUCUCAGUGGAAGUCCAUGACCCGAGAAGCAGGGCGUCGGUAACGCGGAGGACGUUUGGCCACAGUGGCAUCGCCGUGCACACCUGGUACGCCUGUCCCACCCUCAUCAAGUCCAUCUGGGCCAUGGCCAUCAGCCAGCACCAGUUCUACCUGGACCGCAAGCAGAGCAAGAGUAAGAUCCACGCAGCGCGCAGUCUGAAUGAGAUAGCCAUAGACCUGACAGAAACAGGAACCCUCAAGACGUCCAAACUGGCCAACAUGGGCAGCAAAGGCAAGAUCAUCAGUGGUAGCAGCGGAAGCCUGCUGUCCUCAGGCUCUCAGGAGUCAGACAGCUCUCAGACCGCUAAGAAGGACAUGUUGGCGGCUCUGAGGGCCAGACAGGAAGCUCUGGAGGAGACACUCAGACUGAGAAUAGAGGAACUGAAGAACAUCUGCAUCAGAGAAGCGGAGCUGACCGGAAAGCUUCCAAAAGAAUAUCCCCUGGACCCUGGGGAGGAGCCGCCCACCGUCAGACGCAAAAUCGGCACGGCCUUCAAACUGGACGAGCAGAAGAUCCUGCCCAAGGGGGAGGAAGAGGAGUUGGAGCGUUUGGAGCGGGAAUUCGCAAUCCAGUCUCAGAUAACAGAGGCAGCACGGCGGUUAGCGUCAGACCCUCACAUCAGCAGCAAGAAGCUGAAGAAGCAGAGGAAGACGUCUUAUCUAAACGCUCUGAAGAAACUUCAAGACAUAGAGAACGGCAUCAAUGAGUACCGCGUUCGCUCCGGGAAGAAACCCACACAACGUGCCUCUCUCAUCAUAGAGGAAGCGAAUAUCGGCUCAGAGGACAGCUCACUCUCUGAUGGCCUGGUGCUGGAUGAUGAUGACCCCCAGGUGACAGGAACCCCCACGUUCUCGCCGGCUGCCUCCCCACAUAAAGGCCUCCCACCCCGACCCCCCACCCACAGCCGGCCUCCUCCACCACAGUCCCUGGACGGACUGCGACACCUGCACUACCAGCGCAGCGACUAUGACAAGUCUCCCAUCAAACCGCGCAUGUGGAGCGAAAGCUCAUUAGACGAACCCUAUGAAAGGGUGAAGAAACGUUCCUCCCACUCCAGCAGUCACAGGCGGUUCCCGAGCACAGGCAGCUGUGAAGCGGGUGGGAGUAACUCUCUUCAGAACAGCCCUGUGCGCUCCCUCCCUCACUGGAACAGCCAAUCCAGCAUGCCCUCCACUCCUGACAUGAGAACACGGAGCUACGUCCACUCGGCCAGUCUAACUCAGCCCUUCCGUGGGCGAAGUUCCAGUCUGGAAUCUCAGGGGAAGCUGCUCUCUUUGGAGGCAGACACAGAAGCAGGACUUAGCCCUGACCUCUUCCUGUCGGGUCCACAGAGGACAGGAAGUAAUGGCUCAAUGGUCCCUGACGACUGCUCGUCCUGCACCAGCCACUCCAGCUCGGAACAUUACUACCCCUCGUCCACUUCCAACCCCAACUACUGCACGCUAGCCGAGGACUCACCCUCUAAAGCCCGGCAGCGCCAGCGGCAACGGCACAAAUCCGCCGGGCACCUGGGUGCUUCCAGCUCCGGCAGCAUGCCCAAUCUGGCGGCCCGCAAUGGAGGCACUCACGGAAGCGUGUGCGGCAGUCACCAGGGCGUGUACCUCCACAGUCAAAGCCAGCCCUCAUCGCAGUACCGAAUCAAAGAGUACCCACUUUACACAGAGGGCAGCAGCCCCAACGCCGUGGUGGUCCGCAGCCUGGAGAACGACCAGGAGGGGCACUACAGCGUCAAGGCGCAGUUUAAGACCUCCAACUCCUACACGGCCGGGGGCCUUUAUAAGGAGGGGUGGGGCUCCGGAGAAGACGGGGAAGCGGGCGGGAGCAGCGGGAGGUUGACUCCUUCUCGUUCACAGAUUGUGAGGACUCCAUCUCUGGGCAGGGAGGGGGGAGGAGGGGGGCGGACAGCAGUGUCAGAGGAACUGAGAUGCUGGUAUCAGCGCUCGUCUGGAUCGCUGAAGGAGCACAGAAGCAUCACGCACACUAGCUCCAAUGCCUCAGACGGACGUGGGGGACGGAUAGGAACACUAGUAAAGGGGUCACCAGCUGCAUCUCCACACAGUCAGAGGAGUGGAACGCCCUGUAGUGACCUUGCAGCUACUCCACCUUGUAGCCCACAACACAUCCUCAACUGGCAGAGCGGAUUGCCGUUCAACGAUAGUUGUUUCCUGAGCAGUCCUCUGUGUGCUGAGAUAGCAGACGUACAGUGGUACGGACAUGAGAAGGCAAAGCCGGGAACACUCGUCUGAACCCUCAUCCCUCAUUCCUCUCUCAAUAAGAGAGUGUUCUAAAGGCAGGCCUGUCCAUUGGCCGGACCUCAACUCAUAAAAACCCAUAAGGCUGGAGCCAGUACCACCUCACCUAUUUCCUGUCUCUCUCUGUGUAUAUCCAGCAGUACAGUGCUUAUGAACUAUGGAGUCUAAAUGAACUGAACUGAGCUUGACCUUUCCUGACCCUCCCCCUUAGACUUUGAACUUUGACCCAGUUAGCUGGCAGCCAGUUCCUCGGUAUGCACAAGCCCUCAAUGUUUAAUCCGUCGCUGGAGUGACGCGCAUACGAGAGACUUCUCAUGUACGCAUGUAUGUGUCAGCGUUGUACUAUAGAUAAACCCCAACUCAUGCACACACAUGCUCAAAUAGACAUUCGUCAGAGAAUCAACAGCGUUCUCUCUCAUACACGACAUGCACAAAAACACAUUCCGAUGGACUACUUUGUCGUCAACCAUCUUCUUUGUAAAGAUCUUUAUGUUCUCAGUUCUGUUAAAAAAAGAAGUGUGACCACAAGCCCCGCCUUCACUCUACAGCCUCUCUUCUGAUUGGACCAUGAACUAUAAAUAAGCCCCUCGUCCUUUUCUUUGUGGACUUUCUGGUUUUAUGUUCUAUAAUAUUUUGUGGAAAGAAUAAAGAAUUUAAAUGGUGAAAGCUUUUCUCCGAUCUUCCUGGAAUUGAAGAUUAACCCUGAAAAUAUCAUUAAAGAUGCAACAUUGUGAAAAGGAUUCCACCGAAAUGACAAGAUGCAUGUAAAUCUGAAGUAGAUCUCCAUGGAACAUUAUGAUAACUAUCAUUAAUAACCACACUUCCAUUUAAAAGUUUUAUAACACUAAGAAUGCUUUUGUUCACCAAGGAUGCAUUAAACUGACCAAGAACUACAGUAAAGACAUUCAUAAUGUUACAAACGACUAUUUGUAUUUUUUAUUUGUUUUUUAUUCUGUAGUCUUCAAACUUUCUGUUCCUCAAAGAAUCUUCUUGCAGUAAUGCAAGUGUUUUGCAUGUACUGGUCAAUGAAGCAGCUAGUUUAAGACCUUUCAGGAGUCUGUUUCUCAAACUAGAGACUUUGAUGUACUUGUCUUCUUGUUGUUGUGCAACUGGGCCAUCCGCUUCUUUCUCCAUCCUGGUUAGAUCCGGUUUAUGUUUUCAAGUCGGUCGUGCAUGGAAUAGACUUCAUCUCAAACAAAAUUGCCUGUGUCUCGUUUGGAAGGCUGCGUCCUCCGGAGGUCGCAUUUGUCAGCCGCAUACGUCAUCGAGGCUGUCUCGUUUCAUAAAAGCGAGUAGGACACUUCAAAUGCAGCCUACGAAUGCAACCUUCUUUCACGGGAAUUCGGAGGAUGCAUGAGGUGUAUCCUUCGUGGGCACUUACAACCCACAAUUCUUUGCUUCAACGGAAAUGUCGGAAAAAAUUUGCCAAUUUGCCCGUAAGUAUGAUAUUAAUUCCCAAGUUGAAAUACCUCAGUAGAUGGGUGCAGAGUAUAUAAUAUGUAUAAUUAUAUUAAUAUAUAAUUAAAAUAAAGUAUUAGACUAAAACUACACCUGUAAAAUCUAUUUUCUUUUCUCUUUACAUCAUUAUAACUCUCCUAAAAUUUACCUCAUGCAUUCCCUUCUAAAGGGACUUUGUUCCCUUCACACUCGAAGCGCUCGCGCUUGUUAAAGAGUGGCUUGCUGUCAUGUUCUGUUUCCGUUCAUCCUACGAAGGCCGUCUCGUUUAAAUGAGACUUGUUUAAAGGAGGAUGCUCGGUAUACUGCAGCCUUCAAAGGACGCGUCCUACCUAGCACGCAGCCUUCGAAACGAGACACAGCUAUUGAAGCUCAUAAGAAGUGGGAUUGUACUCAAUACCUCAGAAACUGGAAAGACACUUCAUCGCGAUGUAAACGCUUCAUUAAGUAGCACAACCAUUAUUAACUGCUAAAACUAGACGAAAAGCUUUUCUCUCAAUUUGGGAUGGCCAAUUCCCAAUGUGCUUUUAAGUCCUUGUGGUCACGUAGUGAUUCGCCUCAGUCUGGGUGACAGAGGACGAAUCCCAGUUGCCUCUGCAUAUGAGAUCGCCAACCCGCGCAUCUUAUCAUGUGGCUUGUUGAGCGCGUUGCCACGGAGACAUAGUGUGUGUGGAGGGUUCACGCCACCCACUGCAGCAUCCACGCUCAACUCACCACGCACCCCACCGAGAACGAACCAUAUUAUAGCGAUCACAAGGAGGAUACCCCAAGUAACUCUACCCUCCCUAGCAACCGGGCCAAUUUGGUUGCUUAGGAGACCUGGCUGGAGUCACUCAGCACGCCCUGGGAUUCGAACUAGCGAACUCCAAGGGUGGUAGCCAGCGUCUUUACCACUGAGCUUCUUAAGGAUUAGGUGACAGUAUUUUCUUAGUGGACUGGAGGAAUGACUGCUGAAAAUGGGGCUUUGCUAACAUGGGUAAAUAUUGAAGUAUAAAAUAAAUAAAACACUCAUUUGAAACAAUAAUAAUAAUUUGCAACAUUACUAAAGGCUUUAGCAGAACAUCCUUGGCGAACAGAAGCAUCAAUUUCUUUUAAAAACAAAAAUGUCUUGGUGUUCUAAAAUGUUUGAAGGGUAGUGUGCAUAAUUUCGAGGUAUUUGGAAAUGUGGUAAUGUUGAAUUGUCUUUCAAAUCGUUCAAAAAUGGGUUCAUUGUUUGUGGUCCAGGCAAUUCCUCAUUUGCUAACAUUUAGAAGCCAAUCAAGCCAUAGCUAUAAAAACGUAUCGAAAACGUUAGAUGGAGGUUAGCCUUGGUUAGCAUGACCCUCUCUCAUUAAAUGACCAAUCUGUGAAGUACUGUAUUUGCCGCAUAAAAACUCAACGAUCUACAGCAACUUGCCGCCAUGGUGCUCUGAUCCUGUACUGUACACAGAUUAACUGUACACCCCAUAAUGCCCUGCUGUAAGCCCACACUGUAUGCAGAACUGUCACAGCCCAAAAAACUACAAACCCCAUAGUCCUUCUCCAUAUACAUCAGUAAAGCCGUCUCUAAUGCUGAAUUCCAUUCAAAGUCAGUAUUCCUUCUUGAUAUCUCCGAUCUCCGACCAUAACAGCAUUCCAUUGUCUGAUUCUCGGAAGAUGACACAAAGAGAAAAAACUGCAGUGCUACCUCUCUUAGCAAACAAAUUGUAGAGGAUAAAUAAAGCUGUGUGCAAUUAUAAUUUACCAUAUUUCACACACCUAUCUCUGCAAACAUUUGCUAAACAAGUUUUAUUAUUAUGUAAUGUUGCAACUUUUACUCAUUAAUGCUUUUUAUUUACUUAAAAGUGAAUAUUUAUCAUUAACUUUGUACUUUAACCUGGGUACACUGCAAAAAGUCAUAUACUUUCUAUGUAUUUUUGAUUAUUUUCCAGUAAAAAUAUCUAAACAUCCUUAAAACAAGAAAAAAAAAUGAAAUAAUAUAAGAUAAAUCUUUAUGGGUUUCUUUUGUUGUUGUUGUUGUUGUUUGAGAGAAAUUAACCAAAUUUGGUGGGGUUUUUGCUUAAAAUAAGACAAAACUAUUUGCCAAUGGGUUAAGAAAAAUAAACAUGUUUUCUCUUUUAAUCAAGUUUUUUUUCUUACGCCAUUGGUCAUUUUUUCUUGUUACAGGCAUAAACAUUACUACAUUUUGUUAGAUUACUUUGAAAACAAUGCAAAAUAUCUUCUCAAGUCAAUUUUUGUUGUUUUAAGAAUGUUUGGAUAAUUUUAUAAGAAAACACGACAAAAAUUACUUGUUUGCAUGACGUAAAGCACCUGCAUCUGGGCGAAAUCUGAGUUUCCAAAUUGGAAGUCCGACUUCCAGUGGCGUUCCAUUGCACUUUUCCCAAGUAGGAAGUUGGAAAUUCCGACUUUCCAAAUUGAAUGGAACGCAGCAUACAACACAGAACCUUACCUGGGACACCAAACAAUUUUGGCCUUAUAGGUUUUAUGUUUUUAUGUGUGUUUGUCUGUGUUUUUAAUAUUCAGGAUAAUACUUACAUCUAUAUAACAAUUAUAACAUUAUGCUCGUGGUUAUAAAACCUUAAAGUCAGAUGAGCAUAACAUAAUGAGGCGCACAGAUUUAACAGGAGAGUUCACACAAAAAUAAAAAGUCGUUACUCAACCUUGUGUUGUUGUUGUUGUUCCAAACCUGUAUGGCAGAAUGUUAGCCUCAUUCACCAUUUACUUUCAUUGCAUCUUUUUCCCAUAUAAUGAAAGUGAAUGGUGACUUAAGCUGUAGGCUAGCAAAAUCCUGCAGAACAUUUCCUUUUGUGUUCCACAGAAGAAGGAAAGUCAUACAGAUUUGGAACAAAAUGCAGGAGAGUAAAUGACAGAAUUAUCAUUUUCUAGUGAACCAUCCAUUUAAAACCAACACAAUUUUUCAGGCUAAAUGAUGUGAAGAAUUUCAAGAGAAAAGCAUUUCAGAAUGUGACGAGAAUAGAGCAGGUGCUUCGUUUUAAAAGCAGAAAAACCUCCGCCAUCACCAGUGUGAAAACAUAAGCUCAGAAAACAAGAUGUUUAUGCCAUCAGCGAGAUCUGAACUGAAACCAUGGGUGCCCCUCUCCUCGGUCAUUUUUGACCGACGAAAACAUCAAGCCAUACAUUUGAAGACCACAUUUAUGACACACUCUGCAAGAUACAAAACAGUGUGUACACAAAGUACCUUAAGAAACAGGUCGUUGAAAGCACACCCUUUGUCGUUAAUUAUCAACAUAAUUUAAUAAACGUCAAACAGUUGUAGUCAGUAUUUUGUGCAUUAAAAUAUGCAACUAAUAACUGUCAUUCAUUAAAGGUGUUUAUUCAAAAGGGUUGAAAUCACACUACUGUUAGAACACAAAUAGUAACACGCAUUACCAAAUGAAAGGAAACACCCAGUUAUCUGAUUCCUGCUCCAUAAACGGCCUCUUUAAAUAUAUAUAUAUAUAUAUAAAUAUUAAAAAUCAGAAUUUUUUAUCUGCCAUAAAAUUACAAUAAAAACACCCUUCUCGUGCAUGUUCAGUGCACGCUGUGCAUCUUGAUGUUAAACCUAAAACAUGGUUUCAAAACAGCCCUUUCCAUAAAAAAGCACCUCACGCUCGCGCAUUUAGAGUUCACUCUGACCUCGUACCUCCCCGAACCCUUGUAGACCAACGUGAACUCACUCCUCUUGUCUACCUGUACUCAAUAACGUAAAUCUUUUUAUAUUAAAAAAGCUAACACAUUUAUCAACAUUUAUAGGCAGGACUAUGGAAACCUUGACUGUGUUCUUUUAAAAUUCGUUUGAUGAUUUUUAAAUCAGUAUUUGUUUUAUUUCUGUCUUUAUUUUUCACUCUAAGCUGGGAAACAGUAACAACACGUUCAGGUGCUACAGGAAGACCAGUUACGGCUUUAGUUUCCUAGCUGUAGACUUUUGCUUACUGUUGUCAAUAGUUUUAAUACCAGUCGUGCAAAAUGAAGAACAUUAGUAACUAAACUGUCUCUCACUUCAUCUUGACAAUAGAGCAUGUUUCAUAAGUUCAUUUCAGACAUAACAGGACACAAUUAAAAUGGUGUUGUAGAAAAAAGUGGAAUUGUUGGGCGGGAUAAAUAUAACCAAAUUCCACAGUUAAUUUAUUCUUUUUUCUAUUAAGAAUUUGUAUAAAACAUUUUUCAAAAGCUGUGUUGUUGGCAACUGAUACUGAAUUUUCCAGAUGAGAAAUGUGUUGGUUUUUGAGAUUCUGAAAUAAAUUAUUGCUGAAUGUUCUCUAUA